UAGACCCAGGAAAACAAUCCCUUGAGGCUAAGACAGUUGCCUCAGACCCAGGGGUACCAUGGGCGAGCAGUGGAUACCAUGGAAUCGCCCCCGGCAGGUACUUCAGCCAAUGCCUCUGGGCAUGACCUGCAAGCCCUGGUUCAAGGACAGACUGCCUUCUAAGUGUUUAGCGAAGCACAAACAAGAAAAACUGAAGUUCCCUACUUCUCUGGAUGGACGGCGCUGGGUGUUCGUGAAGGAAGGGCUAGACGAUUUCAGGAAGGGCUGUCCACCUUGUGAAGGUAUGAUCCUUCGUGGCUCCAAAGAGGGCUUUCUCCCCACAAUUUCUCAUCGAGUCAGGCGCAAGUCCAGGAAGAGUCAGAAAAAGCAGGGCCGGGAGUUGAUGCUGGUUUCCCCGCUGUCGCUGGCCCAGCAAGAGCGGAAGUUCUUUGUGGAGAGAACCGAAGCAAACCUGACCCAGCAUCCCUUGACUUUCUGGCCCCUGGAGGAAGGAAUUCCUGAAAAUCUCUUAUUAAAUGUGAUGGAAACGCUUGACCCUGAGCGGGAGUUGGAGGAGAAGUGGGAUUUUUGUGAGGGCCAGAGAAAAUCGAUCGAUCUGCCUGUCGUUGCAGACAAAUACCCUCAAAAAAAAAUUGAACAGGAUCCUCCCAAGUUUCCUGGAUCACGCAAAUACGGUGUGCUUCAUGAAAACAAGCCCCAAAAACAGGAGACUGAGGAGUCUUUUUAUUACCGGUACAUACCCAAAGGAGUCUAUGACUUCUGUGAAUGGGUUGACUCAUUCGGAGACUUGGGCAUUGACGAAGAUUUCAUGAUGAAGCAAUUUGACAUUGGCUAUGAGUGCAAACCGAGCUAUGGAGACUCUGCCAUCAAGAAAAUCAGCGUGCUUCCUUCUGAGCUCAAGUACUGCAGGAGGCUGAGCAGAGUGAAGGAGAUCAGAUUCUCCAUACAGGAGUCUAACUUUGAAAGAAAACUCCGAAAACCACUUGAUCCUUACAAGCCCACCAGGGAUAAGAUUAGAUAUGGAGCAUGGUACCUGAAGCCUGGUCUGUGGAAAAAGCUAGUAAAUGAUGAGCCUUUGAUGGAUCCUGACUACUUACUUGAACUUGAAGGUGGAAGGUUUGGUAAACCAGACAUCAUUGAAGACCUUUAUGGAACAAUUGCCUUUAAGGAUUUCAUCAUAAGCAAAGGCUAUGAUAUGCCAGGCAUCCUUGAGAAGCUGUUUAUGAGGAAAGGAUGGGACUACCAAACUGUCAACACUCCAAUACCAAGAGUACUAAGAGCACAUGAAUUGAUCAUGCAGAGAAAGGAUGAAGAUUAUGAUGAUGAAAAUGACUAGGUGGUUUUCCAUUUUACUUACUUGACUUUAUUCUGUUCUCAUUUCAAAUAGUGAACAGAAUAUAUAUGAAGAUAUCACCAUAUGUGAACAUCUUUUUGGACAAUAUCAAUGUUAGACUUAAUACUUAUAAACAUUUCUCAAUGAACUAAAAUAUACUUCUGCUAUGCCUGAACCAACAUUUUAUCAAUUACAAGAUCAACAUUCAUAUGCACAGUUCUCAAAUUUAUUUACUAUUGAGAAUAUGGCAUUCUUACAUCAGUUACUUAUAAGAAUAUGUAAAGA